CACCGCCUUCCCUUCCCAUCUCGCCGUCUCCACCCACCCACUUACCCCGCGCCCCGCCCCGCCCCGCCGUCCGACGAACCCCGAACCCACGCCAGCAUGACCGACCGUGUGCGCGAGAAACUUACACAGCUGCGCAACGAGGUGGAUAACGCCAUCGCGCGCGCGGAGGACGCGGAGGCGAAGAACAAGGCGCUCACGCAGGAGCUGCUCGAGCGCGAGAACGAGAUCAAGUCGCUCACUGUCAGACUGGAGGACGCAGAGGCCAGGCUCGAGGCGAACGAGGCGGACCUCAAGGAGAAGACGGACAAAGUAAGGAACCUGGAUGUCCGGACAGAACAGGCGGAGCGCGCCGUCCUCGCGGCAGAGGCGGAAAGGGACAAGUGGGAGGCGAAAUACGAGGAGUCGGAGAAGAAGUUCCGCGACGUCAAGGCCGAGCUCGCCGACCUGGAGCGCCAGAUGGAGGGCUUGUAG